AUGUCUUCAAAUCGUGCAGCCUACCUCCUUGAAGCCCACAAGACUCCCCUCGAAAUCCAACAGGCACCUUAUCCCACACCAGACCCGGGAACCAUCGUCGUGAGAAAUCACGCCGUCGCAAUCAAUCCAGUUGAUUGGAAGCUUCAAAAAUUUGAGAUCUUCCCCAUAAAGUACCCCUUCAUCCUAGGUGAGGAUGUCGCAGGCGAGGUCAUCGCAAUCGGCGACGGAGUGACCAAUUUCACCAUAGGACAGCGUGUUGUCGGACACUGCAAGAACUUCACAGCCGGCGACAAUCGAUACUCCGGCUUCCAAAACUUCACCGUCCUAUCCGCAACCCUAACAGCACCUCUACCCCCAUCGAUCUCUUACGAGAAAGCAGUUGUUCUCCCUGUCUCAGUCAGCACCGCCGCUGCCGGCCUUUUCCAAAAAGAUCAUCUCAACCUCCCGCAUCCAUCUCUAUCCCCACAGCCCACGGGCCAGACGAUUCUAAUCUGGGGCGGUAGUUCCAGCGUCGGUCUCAGCGCCGUACAGCUCGCGCACGCCGCAGGUGUCGAGGUCAUCACGACAGCCAGUCAACAUAAUCACGCUCUUCUCAAGAGUCUUGGCGUAUCGAAGGUCUAUGACUACCGAAGUCCCACAGUAGUCGAUGACAUUGUCGCCGCGCUGGAGAACAAGCAUGUCGUCGGAGCAUAUGAUUGUAUAUCGGAGGAUAAGACUCAGCGGGCCUGUGCGGAGAUCCUUGAAAGGAGCAACGCCGCGCGUAAGGUUUUAGUGUAUACGAAUGAUGUUCUGACACCUGAGGGAUUGCCGGCUUCGGUCACUGCGAAGGGGAUUUUCUGUCUUACGGUGGAGGAUAAUGAGGUGGGUCCUGCUGUGUGGGUGGAGUAUCUUCCGAAGGCGUUGGAAUGUGGUCGGUUCAAGCCUUUGCCUGAGCCUUUGGUUGUUGGGACGGGGUUGGAAUGUGUACAGAUGGGUAUAGAGAGGAAUAUGGCGGGGUUGAGUGCGACUAAGGCUGUUAUUAGGUUGGUUUAG